UGGCAGUCCCGGCAGAUCCAGAUAAUUCAAGCAUUCUGUUGGAUAAUUAACUGCCUCAUCUGCUUCCACAACAUUGUCGAUGGAUUUUGAAACUCCCAGAACAACUUUGACACUUUAUUUGGAACUCCCUGGCGCACACCUCCUGUGAGUCUUGGCAAACAUAGAACGGUCUUUGUGGACGAGUUCAUCCUCACUGCUGGACUGAGUUGCUGCAGAUCCUUUGACAAAGCAAUAAGGUGAGUCUGAGAAAACUUGAGCAACAAAGACAAAGGAGAGACACUAGCAAUGGAGCCAUCAGAGAAGUAUAUGUUCAAACACAAAGGAUCUUAUUUUGUCCGAGAUCUGGCUACACCAGAACACAUUGAUUCACUGGAGGAAUUUGAAAUCAGAGACAGUGAUGUGUUUGUAGUCACUUUUCCUAAAUCAGGCACUCUGUGGACACAGCAAAUUUUGAGCCUCAUUUAUCAUGAAGGUCAUAGAAAUGGGACUGAAGAUACAGACCUCCAUGACAGAGUUCCAUGGCUGGAGUAUAAUGUCUUCAAUAAAGAUUAUGCCAAUUGGCCAUCGCCUCGUCUCUUUGCCUCCCAUCUGCCCUACCACUUAAUGCCUAAGGGAUUAAGAAAUGGAAAAGCCAAGGUUAUUUAUGUGGCCAGAAACCCAAAGGAUGUCUUGGUGUCCUAUUAUUAUUUUUCCAAAUUGUCAUUAAAACAUGAAGAAAUAGAAGAUUUUGAAAUUCUCAUGGAGAGGUUUUUGGCUGGUAAAGUGCAAGGUGAUUUAUGGCUAGACCAUGUAGAAGGCUGGACUGCUCAGAGGGACCACUUGGAUAUUCUAUUCCUUAUGUAUGAAGAAAUGAAAAAAGAUCUGAAAAGCUCCGUGUUGAAAAUAAGUAACUUUCUGGGAAAGAGUUUGACUGAAAAAAUAGUGGAUGAUAUUGUGGAUAAGGCUUCAUUUGAUAAAAUGAGAAUGGAUCAUAGAGUAAAUUCGAAGGAUGCAUCUUCUGCUAUUUUAGAUCAAAGCAAAGGAAUUUUUCUUCGAAAAGGUACAACUGGAGACUGGAAAAAUAUUAUGACUGUGGCACAGAGUGAAAGGUUCGACAGUGUUUUCAGGAAACGGAUGGAGAAGCUGCCCUUCAAGUUCUGUUGGGAUAUCAAUGAUGUACCAAGAGAGAAACCAUUUUAAAAACCCACUUUGUGGACAUUUAAAAUGGUGAAACACAAAUUUGUGAAAUCCUGUUUCAAAAUCAAUUUACAAAAAUGAGGUGGCUGGGACAAACUAUAAACAUGUUAGCACAAGUUUCUCACAAUGUCAAAAUUCUAAAUGGAAUUUCUAAAAAUAAAUACAUUUUUGGAAGCAA